AUGGAGAACGGAGCAAACACCCAGAGCGAGGGCAAGGACCCAUCCGGUUUCCUGAGCGAAAUCAUCGGCAACCCGGUCACCGUUAAGCUCAACUCGGGCGUUAUCUACAAGGGAGAGCUUCAAUCGGUGGAUGGAUACAUGAACAUCGCGCUCGAAAAGACAGAGGAAUAUGUCAAUGGCACGAAGCGGCGAAGCUAUGGUGACGCGUUCGUCAGAGGCAACAACGUCAUGUAUAUCUCUGCCGAUUAA